AUGGCGGGAAGAAAUGCUAUAAACAAACCAAAGAUCAAAAUGUUGGCACAUAGUCACGCAAAAUCGCUCAGCAGGAAGAGGUCAUUGAGAAACGCCAUCCAGACAAGGUCAUCCACAUCACGUUAUGCUCCAAAAGGAACUACAGCCCCAAGACCAACCGAUUCCAAGGCUGUUGCAUUAUAUACAGGGGAAUCACCAGCACCAAGCUCGGUAAUGACGACGAAUACUUUAUCUAAAAAAAGGGCCAAGAAGAUUGCCAGAAAUCAAAAAUACUUUACCAAGAAGCAAGAGGGGGAUAUCUUGAUGAGUAUAGAUGCGGAUUUGAAGAAUUCAAAUUUAGAACAAACAAAGAAAGCGUUGUGGAGUUUGAUAGAGCUGCGUGAAAAGAAUGGGCCUGCAGUAGUUGCAGAUGGCGAGGGAACCACUUUGGGAAUUCAAUCAUUUUGA